GUUUCGCGGCCAUAAGAACGGCGCCGAUGGUCGCGUAGACGCGUCGGCUAUUAACGUUAUCAACGACACGCGGACAGCGGUCAUUUUUUUUGGCCGAGUAGGACGUAAGCUGAAAUCGGCCGAUCGGAAGCGGUUGACACGAUGGCUGUCACCGAGCUGGCCACGGAGCAGGCGUUCGACGACUUCGUCAAGUCCAAGGAACUUUCCGUUGUACACUUUUAUGCACCAUGGGCAGAGCAGUGUUCCCAAGUGAACGACGUGCUCGAGGAGAUGAGCAAGCUGGACCAGUACAAGGAGGUAAAGUUUGCUAAGACCGAGGCAGAAAAUGUGCCCGAAGUAUCUCUGAAGUCUGGAGUGGCUGCUGUGCCUACUGUUCUUCUGCUGCGAAGCAGCAAUGUGAUAGGCAGGGUGGAUGGUGCCAACAUUUCUGCAUUAACUGAGAAGGUCAAGCAUUAUCUGAAUAAUGAAAAUGUCACCUCGCUGCUCGACACAGUCAAGACGAAGGAAUCUCUUGAGGAUAGACUGAAAAAACUGGUGAAUCAAGCGCCGUGCAUGCUGUUCAUGAAGGGAAAUCCCACAAAUCCGCGAUGUGGCUUCUCCAGAACGAUUGUUUCCAUUUUGGAUGGUUACAAGACGGAUUACAAAUCGUUCGACAUAUUGCAGGACAAUGAUGUUAGGGAAGGACUCAAAAAGUUUAGCAAUUGGCCAACGUAUCCACAGUUGUAUCUAAAUGGUGAAUUAAUCGGUGGAUUAGACAUAGUGAAAGAGAUGGACGAGUCGGGCGAACUAGAAAGUAUGCUACCAAAGAAAGAGAGUAUCAAUGCCAAGUAGAUGCCGCUGUCUGUUCAAAUAGAAUAAAUUUUUUUGCAUUAAUUUCCACUGAUAAAUAAUGACGUUAUUACUUUUCCAAGCAGCUCUUAUUUUAACUGUUAUCUUUUUGAUGUUAUUAUGUUUUUGAAAUUACUAUUUCAAUCCUGUUUACGCAAUAAAUUAAUUCUUACAAUGAAUUAUGUCCAACAAAAUAUGGUUUUAUUUUUAAUAAUUAUAAUUAAUAUCCUAUUUUUUUAAGUCAAUAAUUAUACUUCACUUACAAUCGAGUUGUCGAUUGAAUCAACCAAAAAAACUGAAGCUUACAUGAAGUGAAUAGAGGAGUGUGAAUCAGAGACUCAUCGACUAUGGAGUCGAUUGCUUCUGCACAUGUCUAUGUUUUAUGCUUAUAUAGAUUUUACAAAAGAAAAUGUGGGUCAGUGUACCAGUUAAUGAACAAAUAAAAAUUUAUUAUAAUUACAUUUUAAAAUAAAAUUUAAUCGAGUUUGUAUACAAAUUUGAUUUGAAAGAUAUAAUUUACUAUUGAUUAUUUUAAGCCUUACUAAGUCUUUAAAUUUUUUUAAAUGUGAUUUACUGAUGAUUAUUUAGCGACUGGUGCAGUGUGCCUUGUAACAAAGAUUUAUUUGAAUUAUAGGGAAACCAGGUCAAAAUUGUAUAAUAAAAAUUACAUAAACA